CGUCCACAACCAUUUGAACCAUUUAAUAUAGUGCGGAACAUGAAAAGCGAAGGCCACUAGAACUUCACGAAAGCAACUGUCGCAUUUCCAAUACGAACGUUUUCUAUCCUCCUGAUCUGAAAACACACCUAACCAAAAGAAUGGAUCAUGCCCACGGUUCUCAUCAUUCACCGGCCCAUGCUGGUAUGCAGUCAAGCGAUCAUUCCAUGGACAUGAAAAUGUAUUUCAAUACUGAUAUGCAUUAUACAUUGUUGUUUUCAUCCUGGAUUAUCGAUACAGUUGGAAAGGCGAUUGUAGCAUGUCUUGGCUCUUUCAUAUUCGCUGUCAUAUAUGAGGCCCUAGAAACAUUACGACAUAAAUUGCUUUUACGGGCAGCAUGUAACAAUCAGUGUGAACGUGCUGGAAAUUCCUACGGUGGUCCAUCAUGUCCAGGUUGUCCAAAUCAGUCGGAUUCCAAUUCCAACAAAGGAUAUCUUAAUCCCGUUGAAUCAAAUGAAGAAGUUCAUGUUAACGUUCUUUCGAAUUCUUACCGUGAAAAACUUCGUUCCUAUUGUUCAAGUUAUCAUCUUAUUCAAACUAUGUUACAUUUGGUACAUGCAUUUAUGGGCUAUAUUCUUAUGUUGAUUGUAAUGACGUACAAUGUCUAUUUGUUAUUGGCUGUUCUAUUCGGUUUCACACUUGGCUACUUUUUAUUCGCACGAAAUCGAGCUCUUCUAGUCCGAUCACAUAACUGUUGUCAUUAGACAAUGAGCGCAUAGUUAUUUGUGUAUUGGUCAGUGAAUUAGUCCAAGCUUCGGAUUUAUUUGAAGAUAAUCAAAUUACUUCGUGAUACACUGUUCAGAUACAUUUUAGAUCUCUUUGUGUUCUUCCUGUUUGUGUUACUAUUGUUGUUCCUGUGUUGGUUAUUCUUAUUUUUUCCACAUUUUUCCCUACCUUCAUUUUUUAUCACCAUUUUUUUAAUCACCAUGUCUAGAUUUUGUGAAUGUCCAAUAUACAACAAUAUAUGUUGUUUGUAAAGAUCUUUAUUAAAAUCAAGUAGCGUAUGUGUGGUUUUGACUGUUUUGUUUGUAAUUUUUGUGUUACCUAUCCUCAAUCAUUUCUUCUACCACGCUUUAUGUACACUAGACAAUUUUACUUAGGGUUUGUUGAUUCUCCCCGAACUUUAUUAUUAAUAAAAUAUUUGUGAUUCGUGCUCAAGACGUAUUUCAAUAAUACCUUUUAGCUAUUGUGAUGUGAUCAUGUUUUACUAUUUUGAUGAUUAUGGUGAUCAGUCAUCUGAACUAUAAGUUACUAUUCGUAGUUCAUUAGUUAAGUAUAUCUUGUCAGUUUUGUUCUUUCAUGUUCCUUUUUUGUGGAGAUUUUAAAAACAGAAGUUUAUUCUACAUUCUUUAUAAUUUCAAAAGUUAUGCCUUUUCUUUUUUGUAAUAUGUCAGUGAAAUUCAAUAUGAUUUAAAAUAAACAGUUACUUACCAUA